CAGAGUUCCAUCAUAGCCAGAGAAGAGAGCAGUGGGAGGACGAUGUAGUACAGGACGAUGAAGAAGAUGACGCCGGAACUGUAGACAUAGUUAUGCUGGUGAAGGAUACGAUGUAUCGAAAGCUAAAAAUAACCGAGUUACUGACUGAAAUGAGGGAGGUAGCUUUUACAGGGCUACUCUUCCUUGGUCAUCAUUUACGCAUAAGAGGAAGUACUACAGGCAGCAUCCUCUUCUUCUAACAGCAAUGAUGCAGUGAGCAAAACAGACGAGUCCACUAUCGGGUACGGUAAACGUGGAGAGAACGCGAAGCAUCUCUAUGGAAAAACAAUAUUUGAGAAGGACAACAGAGACGAAGCAAGAACAGAUGAUGCGACUGAAGAGUAUUCCGACGAAGAGCAGGAAGAGGGAAAGAGCAGCAAAAUGUAUUUUUACAAAGAUUAUGGAAAUGGAUAGAGUCGUUUUAGACAAUUGAUGUCAUUCGAACUACAGGAAGAGGAAGAGCUUUCCAAAGAUUUACCUGGAUAAUCGGACGAUAAAUCGAGACAAUAUAAUAUUCCAAUUCCUUUGAUGGCAUAUCUAGCCUAUACGCUCACUCCGUCACAAGUGAGCCCACUCCUAUCCUAUCCUAUUCCUUGUAGAACAACUGGAACUUCUAACUCUACUACUGUAGUCUUCUACUCCUCUAACCUACUACCGGACCUCCGCGGCUUGAGCUGGACACCAGGAAGGUGAAGAUUACCAACUAUGGAGCGAUGAAAACAACGGCUGCAUCUUCUGCUAGAAAAAGUACCAUGAUGGAACCAGUGCCGGAGGAAGACGACUCGGUUGUUUAGCAUUCAUAGGAGACUCGGUUGUUUAGCUUUGAUAGCUGCAUACCCUCCAAAGCAUGUGUCUGCAUAUGAGAACUACUAAGGAAUCAUCACCGCACAGCAGCAUAGAAAAGUACAUAGAGUUCUAAUUUUAAGCACAUUUCUACAUCAUGACACAGGUUCGCUUCUCUUGUUUCUCUACACAAGACCCACCACGCUCAUAUUGUCAUACCAUCGUCGGUGCAGUAGUACCCAGCAGUCC